CGGCCUGUGUGACGUAGUCCCAUAGUUUGACUGUCAACCUUACAAUACAUCGAUGGAUUAGUUUAGAGGGUGGAUUUUCUGUGGGAGUCAUCCAGAUUAGGAUCUAAAUUUAUUCCAUGAAUAACUUGUUGAAGGAUGGCUAUCUUUUCUUGUGAUUUGUUUAGUCAGUUGUGAUUUUCCAGAUUAGUAAUGAUUCAACCUAUUAUGUAUCUGUAACCAUCAUCAGAUCAUAUAGAAAGUAUAAAGAUAUUUAUAUUCUGAAUGGAUUUAAAGAAGAGAACAAUUAAAACAAAAAUGGAACUUCACUCUGGAAAAUGUUAGACAAAGUAGAAAGAAUGGAUGUAAGGGGACUUAGUGUGCAAAUAUUUGUUGAGUUUACACAAUAUUUGCCUUACAUUUCUUUUAAAUGAAUUAUUAUUCAAUUCAGAUGUCAGGCUAAUUUAUUAAAUAUAUCAAAUGCUAGAUUGAUAUACCACCACAAUCAUGAGUGCAGUGAAUGAUGUUUUCUCAGUAGAAGGACCUGAGUCUUAUAACCAACAGAAUGGGGAUGAUCCACCAACUGUAAACAAAAACAGGGCAACUUUAGAAAAAAUCAAAUCAGUCCACGAAAACCCAUUUUUUAUUCAGCUGGGAAUAAAGCACAGCACACCAGCCCAUAAUCGUAGCUCUGUCAAGUCAGAGUCAUCAGUUAAUGAGCAUGAAAAAAAAUUAGAUGAAGAGGAUGAAAAUGAAAUAACAUAUCGCCCUGGAUCCGGCUUUGUCCACAGACUUCUUGACAAAUACAAGUCACUCACUUCUAAGGGCGAUACUGCAAGACAGUUAAAAAGGGCCUCGAGCUUGGAUGAGCUGGCUGCUGAGAAUGAUGUCACCAGUACUAGUAAGUCAGUUUCUUUUAAAGAACCAUCUAUUAAUGGUGGUCCAGUAUUUGUGGAGAAGCCUUCCAAUUUGUCAAUGUCCAGGCUAUCCAAAGCUCAUAAAGCCAGGAGUGUAGAUGGUCUACAUGAAGCUCAUCACAAGCAACAACCUCCCUAUGGGCAGAAUGUUUCAUCAUCUCGUCGUCUGUCCGGGAGCAAGUGGGGUAAAGAUAGAAAUAGCACAUCACUCAAAUGUGAGGCCCCAGAUGUAGAGUUGGCCAGAGAAGAUAUUAUCAUCAUUGAGAAAACGCCACCUAUACCAACACACAAAGAGUCGGUUGGUUUUGAAGGUGAAGAAGGAUCAUCGCAACACCUGCACCACCAUGAAGAGUUACCAGCUAAUGAGCUUCCUAAGCCUAAUACAGUUCUAACUGUGCGGACAAUUUUUGAAUCCGUUUCCACUUCAAACACAAAUGAACUACUCUCCAGGAGACGUAAGACAGACUUUGGAAUUAUUUCUCCUUUGUCAACUACUUCCCCCAAUACAAAUUCCAACAGUGAUCUAGGUCAGUUUUCUCCAACUCAGAGCCAUGCUGAAAAGGUGACUAUACCAAGCCUAUCUCCUGUGACCUCCCCAAGAGUGCUUCACACAGAGACUUAUGCGAAACCUGUUUUACUACCUCAUUCCGUAGUCACAAGCUCCUUGGAUCAUUCCAAGCAUUCUGUGGAGUCACCUGUGCCCAGUACUGGGCAAAACUCUUUUAACAAUUCAUCUUCAAGUUUUAAUAAUCAUGAAGCAGAAAAUGAGGUCAAGCCAUCAAUUAUAGAGAGAAGCAAUUAUUUCAGACCAUCCAAAACCAACCGCCCUACUCCUACUCCUCGCAACACUGCUAGUGUCAAGCCCACUAUAGUUCAAAAGCCAAGUGCCCCUGUGAAGCCUAUUCCUCUCUCUGCACCAGCAUCAGCAGCGACAAGUUAUAAAAAGUCCAGCCCAGUUGUACCGGUGGCCCCAUAUAAAGAUAAGCAGGAUGAUAUCAAAGAUGAUGGUCAGCCAGUCAUGAUAUUCAAUAAGUCCAAAUUAAGUCCACGACGUGAAAAGCCACAGCGUGUGAAAACAUAUGAGCCCGUUGGUGAAGGACAAACUGAUUUAGUUAAAGAGAAGAAUGAAAAAGUCAAUUUUGAUGAUACAAAAACAAUCAUCCAAAACGAUGAGAAAGUAAUAAACAAUAAAGUAUUUUCACAGAGUAAGAUUUUUAAGACACCUGAAGAUCAUAAUUUGUCUAAAACUGUAUUAGAAAAAGAAGACCCUGUUUCCCAGACUUCAGUCAAACUCAUCCAGUCAACAAAACAGCGUACAGCACCCAAGCCACCUGACAGUCAGAAAGUUCAUGGUUCUAUUUCAAUAAACAUUAAUAAAACUGAAGAACGAGAAUCAAAUAAAAGUCAAGUGACACAUAAUGUAUCCCAUUCAUCAGCCCAUGCGGCCACAGCAAAGGAAAUAGUCAGCUCAUCUCAUGAAAAACCAACAAGUCCGGUGUCCCAACCUGUGAAAGGUAUUCCUAGCAUUAUUGCUCAGAGAUUAAAGAAACAGAGCUCUGACCCAAGUCAAGUGGCUGCUGAUGUUAUCAGUUCUCUUGAUGCCAUUGAUGGCAAUAGAAAAACAAAGCUUGCUUUUGAUGACUCUGGGAUAGAUAAUGAUUCACCAUCACCUAGAAAACGUGUCCCUCCUUCUAGUGUAGUAUUAAUCUCUGUUGAGAGUACCAAUAAAGACAAAAUUAGCUCUGAAAUAGAGAAUGAAAUCGCUGCUGUUCGUAAAAAGAUGGAGGGCGGGCGUUCAAAGUCCAGUAAUGUCUCUCAAAUAUUUGAUAGCAGCCAAUUGUCUAAGAAGAGGAAAGAGAAUCAAAGACAAAAAGCUUCUCAGGGUUUGGUACCAAGACUGGAUUUAUCUGGCAUUGACACUGAACCUGAUUAUCAGCCUUUACACAUGGAAAUUAAACCUUGCAAUAUAAGGUUCAUAGGAGAAAACACCAGAACAGAAAGAUCACUGCUGGUUAAAAGACGUACAAUUAAGAUUAAUAUCCAGUUUAAUGACUCAAAGAUUGAAACUUUUGAAUACCCUAGCGAGGAAUGGGCUCUUGAGAAAUAUUUAGAAGAACAUCCCAAUGAGACUGCAGAUGUGAUAUUCCUGGAGGACAUGAAUGGCGAGAGUGCUGAGUCAUCUGAUGAUGGUCCAGAAACACCACGGGGUUUUGGGAAUGAUGAUGGUCUCAAGUCCAAUACAUCUCUGUCUAGUUCAGGAAAUCUCCAGUCUUAUAAAGGACGUUUUCAAGAAGACUUUCAGUUUGGCUCUGCCAUCAAAGAAAAAGAGCCAGAACCUGUGAUUAAACCAGAGGAGCCCCCUGUUGACCCUGACGCGCUCAUGCUCCGUCCAGCUGAGGAGGUUGACACCAGCACCUGGUCAACCAAUGAUUCUUCAGACCUUCUUUUUUAACUCCAAUAUAUUUAGUAGUUUUGUUUUCACAGAAUGACCUACCCAUCAACAAGAAGUAAUCAUUGAACAUGAGCACCCUACACAUUUAUACCUAUAUUCAGUAUACAAAAUCACACUCCUUGAUUUUUUCUCUUCAUCAUUUCGAGCACUUGCCUCCCCCUGGACAUAAACUAAAAAGAGAAUGGUAAUAUCAUCGUCUGCUGAAACACCUGAAUAUGCCUUAAGUCGACUAAAGUUUAAUGUCACUUUACAAAAUGGGUUACUUAAAACUUGAGGAGGUGUAUAUUUCAUUGUUGGAUAGCAACAUUGGAUUCUUAUCAUGGUCCAUACUGAGAAACAUACAGUUGAAUGUAAAGAAGUACAACUUAUCUGUGAUGCCUUUUAAAACAAAAAUAUCUGCACAUUUCUCUUAGCAGUCUCUGACAAACAUAGCUGCAAGAGAGUAUUGCACUUUGCAAGUGUAUUUAUUGAAUAGAACUAUUACUUUGUCUUAGUUUAUUUAUCUAUCUUCAAAGAAAAAAGGAAUAUGCAGACUAUUGAAAACUGACUAUUGUGUGCAACACUUAUGAAUGUGUUUUAUGCUAGCUGUGAUGUUGGAUGUGGCAAGCUGUAUUUUUUAUGAUUGAAAAAGGUUGACUAAAUAUGAUUACAGUGACAACUAUUAAUAUAAUAGCAGCAUUAUGGGAAGUAGAACUCAUGCAAUAGUUGCCUUAGUAAAUAAUUUAGUUCUAGACUAGUGUUUGAAUAGUGUUCUACAAGUAUCAUAUACUUUUAUUUAUUGAAUAGUGUUCUACAAGUAUCAUAUACUUUUAUUUAUCGUAUAUAUUUUCUACCUAACUUAUACUUGCACAUCUAUUAGAUGAAAACAUCUCAGUCUGUGUCAGCUACUGUCUCUGUUCUUUAUAUGUGUUAUUUAUUAUCAUCUGUGACAAUAUUAUACUUCUGAACAAUAUGCGGACACCUCAUGGUUAGGGCACACCUUGUAGUUAAUUAACUAGUAGGUCCUGGAGUUGUCUUUUUGUCUACUUUUUAUGAAUCAAUCUACUGGGUUUACAUAGUGUAUCAUUAUGUAGGGUCUUCCAAAGUAAUUUUAAGGACAGAUCUUUGGAUAUGUAAAUUCUAUUGGACUGUUAAUGUUUGACAAGCCAAUCCACAUUUAUUGCUUACUGAGUGUUGUUCUGUCAUUUUGUUUCAAAGACUUGAUACAGAAAUCUUUCAUGUACAAAGGACUCUCACUUUAUAUAAGGUUUCGACACACUCAUAUUUUUGUGAGUUAUUUAUUGGUGAAGAAAAACUUGAUUCUUGUGUAUAGUAUAUAAGAAAAGAAAAUUGAAAUCUUAAUUUACCCUGUACAUUACAAUCUUGUAUUUAUAUCGGACCAUGCUGCUGGCAGCUAUUUAAUUUACAAUGAGCAGAGAAAAUUGUUUUUUGACUAAGUUUAGAAAAUGCAAAUAUUGUAACCAUUUGAAUAAUUGCAUUGAUUAGUUAUGACAUCUAUGACAUUUGUAAUCCUUAAAAUUCAUUAUUUUUGGGGGUGUAAUUGAAGAGGGAUAAAAUAUUUUUGAAAUAAAAAAAAAGGAGAAAGAUAACCUUAAAUUAUUUUUUCUUUACCCUUAGGAAUUUGUUUUCUGAGUUGAUAUAACUGUUGUUGCUUUAUUUUUAAACAUUUUUUAAAAUUUUCUUUGGCAUUCAUUUCUUUUCAAAAUAGUGACAUAUAUAUUAGUGCAUUUAGGUGAAUUUCUAUUUAUAAAUCUUUCUAUUUUAGUGCUGGUGAAUAUAAAUUAUUUUUCUUUACAUUAAAGGUACUAAAUGUUCAGUUUAUGUUUCAUAUUUUGAAUUCCAGAAGUCAAUUUAAAAAUAUGGAUAAUUAUUUCAUUGUUUCUUGGUUUUUCAAAUUCAGUUCAUCUGCUAGUAUAACUAUUGAAUUCAGGUUCUGAAAAUAAAUUUGCUGAUGUUAAAAUUACAUCUAAAGUUUUCAUUGUAAAUAAAACAGAAAACUGAAUGAAAUUUCAACAACUAUCAUUUGCUGAUAUCAUCAGCAGUGAUUACAUUAGAUUUGAUAGAGAUAGGUUCAAUGCAGUGUUGCUGUUUAGCCCUAUUGACAUGUCUUUUUUUUUUAAGUUGUAUGUUGUUUUCAAAACUGUAGUAUGAAAAUGUUUAUUAACUUAUCUUGAAAAAAAUUUUUUUUAUCAUUAUUUGUUUCUGUUUAUAAUUAUUUGUUUAAAUACACAACAUUCAUAAUUGUUUUGCAGCCAAAGUAGUCUUUAUGCAACAUUCCUCAUGUUCUGUUUAUAUUUAAUGUAUGUGCCAAGAUAUUUAAAGUUAAUCUAGAUUUUUUAAGUACACAAAAAGAUAAAGUCUCCAAAGCAUUCCAAUGAAUCUUUAUUAAGACUCUCCAAAAAUUUUACAUAAGACUUCUUCCUAUUUGUUGUAAUUCUUUUUUUUUUUUAGCUUUUUAUGUAGUGGUAUCAGAAUAAUUUUGUUAUAAUUAUUGCUGAAAAAAUCUUUUUCUGUUCAUUUGUUUAAAAAAAAUAGAUCUCUUACCGAAAUGUUUUUUUUUAUCUAGAGUGCCAUACAUUCUAUUUUCUUCCAGACUUUUUUUUUUAUGGUAAAAAAAAAAUAUUUCAACAACUUUGUGAAAUUGAAAAGCAAGUAUUUUAAUUUAUUUUUUUUCAAGUUAUUGACUUUAUCAGUUGCUUGUCUAGGUGUUGAUUUUUAGCAUUUUGUAAACAUUCCAUUGAUAAGAAACAUACCAGCAUUCAUCUGUUUACUCAAAUAUUUGAAUCAUUAGUUCACAACAGAUGGCCUCGUCAUCUCAUAAAAUAACACAAUUUACAAUUAUCCUUUUUUGUUUCUUACAUUACUCAUAAUCAGUUAUGAUAUAUUUGUAAUUUUUAUUUUGCAAAUAUAAUUAGAUAUAGUUCUUCUACAAUUUGUAUUACUUUGUGUACACAUACAUUGAGAUUCUACAAAAUGUUUGAUUUUUUCUUGUUUUGUCUGUCAACUUUUGAUCAUUUUUGCUUUACAACGAUCAAAUUGAGUUUGCUGUAUUAAAUGCUAUCUUUAGAUCACAGUCUUUUAUUAUAGAGACCUUCUUUUUUUUUUGUGUUCAUUUUGUGUUAUGUUAUGCACCUUGCAUUAUUUUGUUGAAGUCCUCAAUGUUUCCAAUGUUUGUCAAAUGAAAGAUGCCAUGGUGAAAUGAGUGAUACAACAGAAGUCUUACCUUUUUUUUUUCUUUUUUAAUCUCUUGGAUAUUUUAUUCUAGCCAUUUUCUUACAAAUGUUGGGUGAUACUUUUUAGAUUCUUGAUUUGUUUUGGAACUUAUUUCUGUGUGAUUUUUUUUUUCUUUGUCAGUCACUUUGAGCCUGUAUUAAUAGUUUUCUAUUUUAUUAUAUUUGUAAAUGUCCGCAGCCCUUCCCAUCUCGCACUUGUCGUGGUACUAUUGAUGUGUUCAUGGUAACGUUUCUGUUUUAUUUGCUGUUCAUCUGGUUGAUUCAUUCUAUUUAUAAUUCUGAAACUACGUUUUGUUUCUGUACUAAUAUACAUAUAUAUAAAUGUGUUUUGCUUGUACAGUCUUUUGAUCUACAUGGAUGUAUAUACUAUAUAGUGCUUAGAUGUAUGCUUUGCUCUGCUUUCAGUUUUAAGCAUUUUUCAUUUAGCUUGUUAUGAUAUAUUUUGAUGCGUCCAAGUUUAGAAAUUCCAACACAUUACUCACAAAUAGUGAAACAAUAAUAGGCAGAGUCAGUACAUUUCAUUCACAUCAUAACAUAUUAUUUUGAUAUCAAUUAACGACUACUGUUUUCACAUUUAUUCCAUGCCAUAUUGCUUACAUUUGUAUCUUCUAUCUAUGACUAUAUUCUAUUACAGCCAUGUAAAACAAUAGUCAGAGUUGUAUUUAGGAUUGUUUGAAUCAUCUUUGGAUAUAGAUUGGUUGUUCCUUUUUUUAAGCAGAAAUUCUAUUUGAUGUGGUAUGCACUUGAGACAUUUAUUUUUAUGAUGGUUCUCAUGUUCCAUUAUAUUUAAUGGUAAUAAGCCAAGAUAUUUCAAGUGGUUAUAUAUUAUUUACAAAAUUAACAUCUGCAUUGUACAACAUAUCAGACUUAAUGCUCUGUAGAGCAGCGGUUGAGUUAACCUGUUGCUAUGGUCAAAUGUUAGGCAGCCAAACCAAUGAAAUGUAUCCUUCCUUAGGGAUAGGUUACCUAUUAGUGCUUCGUAGACUUAAAAGGUUUACAUAACUUUCCCUUUGAUAAUGACUUGAACUCUGAACUCACCACAACCAUUUAGCAAACCCAUCUUAUUAUGAGUUAAAAACAGCAAACAAGCAAGCAAAACAUGUCACUGUUCAGAUGUAACUUGUCAUAAUACCAUUUUGUUGUCUUUGUUCCAUAUCAUGUUGUUAUAUUUUUUUUGUGUCACUUUGAUCAUUGUGUUCAUUCACUGUCGAUUUUAUUUUGUGAAAUAAAUCUCAUUCCAGAAACAAAUGGA